AGCUAAUGUAUCUCCAAUGUUAAGUUAAUAACAGUAUGAUAUGUGCAGGUAGGGCUUUAACAACUUGAGGGGGGACGGAGGUGGUACUGGGAGUAGGUUGUGAUCCUAGGUGAUUUGCAGUGGUGCGACAUUUGAAUAUGAAACGAACAUUAAGAAGAAACCCGUUCACACUCUUUGCAAUAAGUAUAAUCAUACUACUGCUGGUUGUGAACUAUAGCUUGAAGCAAAGAUGCACGGUAUCAGUGGAGAAACAGCUGGUAGCACAAAACAGGAAAAACAGACAGGCUCAAUUGGCCAAAGGGAACAGCAAAAUGGGUUACUUACGGGAUGAUACAGACAGCACCCAUUCCUUCCCACCUUGUGGUCAAAUCUGCAAUUUUUCCAUGCAUAAGAAAAAAGAAGACCUUUUCCUAAGAAAAGACUUCAACUGUAAGAAUAUAUUUCUCAGAUUAAAGAAUCCACCCGGGAAAGUUUUCAUACCGCCCCUGAGAGAGCCGCCACCAGAGCUGCUUCUGGAUUUCACACAGAAUGGUAGUUUGAUGUGGAGUUCUGAUUACAGGGAUGGCACACGUAAAGGUCGAAAGGUACACCGUAAAUCGGACGAAAUCAGAACUCUCCUGGCUGAUGAUAAGGUGAAGAGCAUCGCCAAAUAUGACAUUCAGGGCGUUGGCUACAAGCAGCUUCUCUCCAAAUACCAAGAUCAAUUGAAAGGCAAGUCAGGAAUGGUCAUUGGAAGUAUAAGUCCUUGGGUUGAAGUCAUUUUAUUAAACCUUGGUGUAAUACACGUGACAACUGUAGAUUACAACCCUGUUCUCUUUGACCACCCACAGCUGUCUUUCGAGUUUAUGUCAGAUUUAGCGGAUAAAAUCACCAAGAACCAAAAGCUUCUAAUGGAUUUUGCUGCUUCGUUUUCUUCUUUGGAACACUCUGGCCUUGGUCGCUACGGGGACCCCAUCAAUCCAUAUGGCGACCUGGAGGCAGCAGCUCAAAUAUGGUGCAUGCUUAAGCCUGGUGCUUUGUUUUAUCUAGGUAUACCAGUCAACUUUGGCACUCCGGAGGGCUGGUUGGUAUUUAAUGCACAUCGUAUAUAUGGGGAAGCUAGGAUUGAACAGAUCACUGCAAAUUAUGAGAUACUCGAACGUACACCGGUUGGUAGAUUGCAUGGUGUCUUUGUCUUAAGAAAAGGGCUUUAAUAAAGAUGAACAAAAACUACAAAACAGACAUGUGACUUUACAGAGCGAAUUUUGAUGCUGAUUCUAUAAAUUAAAAGACAUGCCGUGUCGUUUCUUUUAAUAUGUGGCAUUUUUUUUUUACUUUUAUUGAAAUCACUGUGGGGAAGCAUAUGCAUGAAUGAGGGGAUCCAUGUUCUUAAUUUGAAUAAAGGGUAUAAAU